UUGUUAGCUUGAUUGUUAUGGAUGAGGAUGGCUAGAUCUGAACUCACUCUACUUUUCGCGAUCCUGACUCGAUCAUCAUCUUGGUUACUACACUGCUCUACUAACUCAACAAAAAUUUGGAGUUGUGCUUCUGCAUCUAAGCCUUGUAACUAAUCUAAUCCAAGCAUGGGAACGUCCUGUGGUUUGGUCAGGCUCAGUUGGGUGGAUUUCGCGAGUGAGCUAGACGUUGAUGGUGCUGAGGAUAAGGAAGUUGUGUUUAGCAAAGUUCUUAGCUGCUGGACUUCUUGUUUUAAUUUAAUUGCUCUACUGGGGUCGACAAUCUUGACCUCCUCGUCCUCAAUUUCCCCUGGAUUCAUUCCGAAAUUCAUGGUGGUGAUGAAGUGACAACUAGUAACACUGGGUAGGGAAUUGAUUUCUGUGUACCAUCAGACACAAGUGGACAUUCAGGUUUCCCACUGUCAGUAGUGUGGACAGCUCCGGAGCCUCUCAGAGAUGGCCCCUGCUCCCCCUGCUUCAGAGAGCAAGUCACCUGUGGCAGACUGUGAGGAGGAUGCUGCAGGUGAAUGGACACUGGUCAACCGAAAGAAGAAGCGGUGCUACAGCCCAAUCCCAGCCCGGACUGCCAACCCCGAGCCGGACCAGGGACACCUGAAGACUGCCAGCCCCGAGCCAGACCAGGGACAUCUGAAGACUGCCAGCUUCAAGCCAGACCAGGGACAUCUGAAGACUGCCAGCUCCAAGCUAGACCAGGGAGAUCUGAAGACUGCCAGCUCCGAGCCAGACCAGGGACAUCUGAAGACUGCCAGCCCCGAGCCAGACCAGGGACAUCUGAUGGCAGCCAUGCAGAUGCUGAUGGACCAGAUGUCUCGCCUGACACAGGAAGUGGAUGGCCUGAAGACACAGAUGCAACACCAUCACGAUGAACGGAGGUAGGGCCAAGGGUGCCUGAGCUGCGGGGUUAUGCCUCCCAC